GCCAUCCCCAACCCUACUACACCACCCUUCCUCCUCUGCCCCUCCUUCCUUCCUUCUUCCCACUUUCAUACAUAAAAGGCCCACACUCCAACCCUUAUUCCUCCACCAACCACAACCACAACUACCCCGACAACAACAAACCCCACCACACACAAAACCACAGGCGCAAAUGCAGUGCUCAAUCUGCACUCUCGACAAGCCCACAAUAACCUGCGUCUCCUGCGCCCGCAUCACUCUCUGGAAGCAACGCUACGACCUCCUCCUGCGAACCACCGCGCGUGACGCCCUGUCCGACAAGAUACAUGAGCACCUUGAGUCGCCGAGCGGACAGACGGCAACCCAGCAGCGCGAAUCCGCCCAACUCAAACUGACGCUCCACGAGAUCCGCGGCCGAAAGGCCUCUCUCGCCACGGCGCGGGAAGCAGCCGUGGUCCGUGUGGAAGAGCUCCGGCGUGAGAACGAGCGCAGGCGGGCGGUGCUGGAGGGAGCUAUGGGACUGCGGGAUCAGCUGGAAGCGGAGGUGUCGAGCGUUCAGCGCGAGACGAAACGCCGGAUUAGCAGGAGCAAGACGUUGCAUGGGAGGAUCGCGGAGGCGCGUGGGUACCUUUGUCGUGAGGCGGCGGGAUUGUAUGGACUUCGACAGAAGCGGCGGAAAAGUGGGAGGGUGGAAUACGUUAUUGGCGGGGUGGCUAUACCGAAUUACCUCACAGAUCUAAACACACACCCCCACCAACAAAUAGCAACCUCCCUCUCCCACCUAUCCCACCUCCUCCUCCUAACAGCACACUACCUCUCCCUAAAACUCCCCAACGAAAUACUCCUACCCACACAAUCUCACCCCUUCACACAAAUCCGCGGAACCCUGAACGCCCGGCACACAGUAACCCGCCCACUCUCGCUCCCAGCACCCCUCUCUACCCUCUCCCGCGACAACCCGGCCUCCCACACGAAGUUCAUAGAGGGCAUAUCCCUCCUCGCUAUCAACAUAGCAUACACCUGCUUCACCCAGGGUCUCGAAAUCAACGACGUGGACGCCGUGUGCGCGCCCGGGGCGAAUCUCUGGUCCUUGUUGGUGAGUAGGGACACCCCCGUACCCGCUUUCGGCAGGAUGAGUCACGGGAGCUGUCUGGGGAACUUGGCGACGGCGGGCAGGAUGGCGGGUAUGGCAAGGUUUCGGGUCGGGUUCAAGAGUGUUGUGGAGAAGGUCAGGAACACGUUGCAGGGCGAGACGAUUGUGGCGGACUGGGAUCUUGUGGGGGAUGUUCUCGGCGGCGGUAGGAAUGCCGCCGCUGGGGGGGGCACCGACAGGGAAGUCGACGGGGAGGAUGGAGGCAAAGGUGGCAGGGAGGGAAGAAUGCCCGGGUGGACUAGGAUCAGAGCUCCCGGUGAGGAGAGGUAG